AUGCCUCCGGCUCUACCUGAAUUUGAGGAGCUCGAAGCAGGGCCUUCGUUCAAGGAAGAGAAAUGGGUGAUAAUACCCGUUGAAGACAUAUACAGCGAUGGAGACGAGCGGCUCUGGCCGACGGACUCCCGCUAUGAGGAAGCUGACCCGACAACAUACCUGGAAAAGUUAGCUAAAUUAUGGAUGCAACACAUAAAAAAGUUCAAGCCAGAUGAACACUAUGUUCUCAGCCAGCUUCCAAAAGGCUAUGCACUGUUAUCUCGUGAGCGUAGAAGCCACCCGCACAUUCGAGAAAAAGGGACAACUAUAGAUUCAGCCGGGAUGCCUCGCCUAAUUAGGGGUCGAAGACGUGGUAAAGGAAAACAGCCUGCUGGCGCCACUCGAAAAGCAGCAGCAAUUGGCCCAAGAAGACGCGGCCGUCGGAAGGGGUCAAAUUAUCUUGCUGAAGAUGAAGAAGGACUUCGAGAUGUAUUCAAAGAGCUCGUCUAUAAACUUAAGAUCAAACGAUCUUUGGACGAACCAGUGGAAGAAACUGAUAAUAUGGAUUGGCGAGCGGAGCGCGAACAGCUCGUUGACCAUCUAACCCGCAUUUCCAUGCAACAUCGCUUCAUCCCUCGAGUUGGAGAGCUGGUGUUGUGGUGCCCAGAACUUAAAGGUGAUGUGAAAUUUGAUUUCAACACGGACACAUUCCGUCAAGUCUGCCCAAAAACGCAAAAGUUUCUAGAUCCUCCUGAGUGGCGGGCGGGAACCGUGGCCCAAGUGCCUGAAGAACUUGUGUUGUUAGGGGAUAUCUACUUUGCCUCGGAAAAAUCCAUGGCUAUCAAUAUGUCUGGGUUCCGAAUUGAAACGUUUCCAGAUCCGAAUAGCCCGGAUAAAGCCUAUUCAAGCCAGUAUAAAUAUGUUCCCUUAAGCCAUACCAGGCCUUUUAAUAUGUGGGAUAUUUUCAUGCAAAAUAUUUCAUCCGAAUAUUUUCAUCCGUCUAUUUUUAAUGCGCUGACGGUGAUGCCAUCCUUCAGCUUUUUGGAUAGAUAUCGCUUCGCAGGGACCUGGCCUCAUGCCACCAUCUACUGCAAAGGUGUCUACAUUGGUGCAGAGCUCCUUGUGAAAGGAGAUACGGUUCGCAUCAUGCCCGAAAAUUGGUCGUGCGGAGCCCCUUUUGGCGCUGUGACCGACGUUCUUACUAUCGAAGAGAUAGUCAUGGAGCUCUAUGAUUGCGACGCCGAUCUCUCUUCUCCUUUAUUAAGUGAGAAGAUUGCUCCCCGUGUGAAGGGGCAGGCAUACACCAUUUCUAAAGACAGGGCGUACCGCGACCUUUCGUCUCCAAAUGAGGAGGCAGAACCAUUGACAAUGGAUGAAGUUAUGGACGCCUUCGAAACUGUCUCGAUGCGCCAGUACGGACCGUGGUACCGCUUACAUCCUCCUGACCAAGAAAUGGAAGUUUCAAUCAACUUGAUCAUCGGUCGCUGCUUUGAGGCCGACUACAUGAGAUUGAUGCUCGGUAGCACAGAUUUGGAUCUCGAUUUUGAGGGAGUCAUCUCAGGGCGUGUGUACGGACGUGAUGUGGAUGAUCGUAUCCCCGAGAACAGCGAAUGGUUUGCAGGAGACUAUCGUCUUGAAACCCUCGCCCUUGAGACGUUUAAUGGUAUCGAAGUUGGAAAAUACGACGACGCUCGGGACUUGAAGAUGUGGCGCGCCAAUCUUCGGAUUAUCGACGGUACAGCCACGUCGGCGGAUGUUAAGGACGCAAAAUUGCCCCAGAGAAAGGGCCGCCGGGUAGUGGAAGACAUCAUUGGCGGGAAAGCGGAUUCAUCGAAGUUCAAAAAGAUGGGGAAAACGAGUUCGCUGGUUAGUACUGCGUUGGCGCCACCUGAUCCAUCGACCAAUGCUACUUCAAACGACCUCACUUCAGCACACGAUACUGCGGUUGAUGAAGAUGGUUAUGAGCAAGACGAUGAUGUGUCUAGCAUUUACCAUGAUGCAAAAGCAGAGGCGGACGAAAGCGAAGACUCUCUCAAUGUGUUGCUGCAAAUGGGCACGACUAUCGUUCGCGGGGGAACGACGGAAUCUGAGGGCGGCGACUACGUACCACCGUCCUCUGGAGAACCAACUACAAAGCGGCGGAAGUUCUGA